AUGCAGUCGUGGUCUGGUUCCGGCCAAAACGGUGCGACUGACGGGCACAACUCGUGGCAGUCGGGCUUCCCAUAUCCCAACCAAGGCAACCAAUUCGAUCCCAGCCAGGCGUGGCCACAGCCGGCAGCCGACCAGGCCUCCUACUCGCACCUGAACCAGCCCGAUCCAUCAGCGUCCGGCUUCUUCGAGGCGCCUCACCAGGGAAAUGCCUUCCUCGCCGGGGGCCUUCACUCGGCGGCUCCCAGCCAAACCCCGUUCCAUGCUGGCCAUGGCGCUCUUUCGUUGAAUCAGCAGUUCUCGCAGGCGAGCCCCGAUGUGAUGGACCCUGCCUUUAGUAAUAUCCACCCCGAGUUAUACGGACACCAGUCAAAGGUCAACCUGGGUGGCGAUGGAAUCGGCCAUAUGGGACAGGUCCAGGGCCAUCCGCAUGCCUCCUCGCAAGCAUUCACGCAGCAUGAGUUCCAGUUCGCCCCCCAGAACGAGCAGCUCUACGAUGCCACAGUCCAAUACAGCGGCCAGCCACAGCAGGUGUCCCAGCCAACCCGUCAAGGAAGCCACACUCCCGUCCAGCAGUUUGAUAACUUGCAUGGAAGCUUUUCCCAGGGCCACCGCUUCGGGCAGCCCGGCCAGCCAGCGCCGGUUCAACACCAACAGCAGCAAUCGUAUCGCCAGGGACAGGCCUUUUCGCCAGCAGUCGGUGGACAGGCCGACCAAUACCAGCUAAAUAGCAGCAUUGCCUAUCAGCAGCAGCCAAAUCCGCAGUACAAUACCCAGCAGCAGGGAUACGCACCACAACAGGCCAAUAAUACCUACACUACACCCCCUCAGGGCACGCCAGCACAGCAGACACAAGCUCUUCAGCACCCUCCUGCGCCCUCCUCCAACCAACAAGUGAUGCCAACGUCCCAUAAUGCUGCUUCUGCUGCCCAGUAUGCAGCAGCCCAGCCGCAGAUCAACACCAGCAUCGCCCCUGCUACUGCCCCCCUUACCGCCGCGCAGCCGGCGACAGAACCGACAAAGAAGAGGAAGCGCAUGACCAAGAGUGUUCCGGAGCCCGUCGUUCAGGAGCAACCGACGUAUCCGAUAGACCUACCUGUUGAGACCAUUCCGAGGAGAGACGAUGAAUCCGAAGCCCUCGCCGUUCCCGUGCCCACACCGGAGGAAGCGCAGCUUAUCGCCCAGUUUGCGAAGCGGAGCAAGGCUGCGCAGAUCAAGUAUCCUACCAUCAGGGGACUUCCGCAUCUCGUGUUUGAUGGCACCAUCAAGCUUCCAGCACCCAAGAGUUACGACAAGUUGUCACCUUGCAUUGCACUGCCGCCGCGCAACGAUCGUCCCGCGGUCCCCGAGUUGGGGUAUCUGCCUUGUGAGAUCCAGGGCAGGUUCAGCGCCCAGUACCGGCCGUCUGCGGACAAGGGUGGCUUGGACGAGCGACGAGAGGAGGCAAGCCAACUUUUGGACGAAUAUGACCGCUCUAUGCAGGCCCUGGGCAAACGAAGACCUAAAUACACCGAGUAUCCACAUGCAUUCAAGGAGCAGCUCAAGUCCGAUGAAGCGUCGAAGAACAAGGCAGAAAAGAGGGCCAAGAAAGAGCAGGAGGAUGACCGAGCGAAGCCGAUCCGCUCGCCUGUUCGCCCAGCCGAUCCUACCGAAGCUGCCGCCUGGGAUGCCAUCGGCAUCGUCCAUAUCGAAGCUUCUGUUCCUCGUACGAAUGCUCUCAUCGCCGGGAGAGUCCAGCAGGCUGGUGAAUUCUUCAUCAAGCUCCGCAACGAGAUGAACAAGGCGAAACUGGACGUCGACAAUGCCAUCAAAAACAAGGUUUCCGAUGCCGAGCUUGCAGAGUUGAAGAAGGAAGCAGAGCAGAAGAAGGAGGCCUUCUAUCGGGCCCUCGACGUCACCCUCGAGCAUGCCGACGAUGGCGUCCUGGACAACCUUGGUGGCCACCAGAAGUUGGUUCUGUCUCUUGUCAACGCCAUGAUCGCGUCUAUCAAGGCCGGCGAUUUCUCUGGAAAGCUGCCCAAGGCGCUGUUGGAACUCUUCACGCACUUUCGUAUGACGAAGAAGAUUGCCGAGACACCCAACUUUGAAACGGUACGAAAGAGGUUCGAGGACAAGGGAGACGACGACGUCAAGGAGAUGGCUCGCGAGAUUGCUGCCAACAUGAAGAAAGUCAUCAAGGCUGAUUCGGAUACCUCGACGGGCUAUACUGGAACAUCUGCAGCCAGCAGAGCGAAAGCUGGCAUCAAGCCAUCGGCAGAUGUAACGUCUGCCAAGCGAAGCCGAGAUGACGACACGGACUCCCGGACAGUGAAGAAGAUUGCGGUAGAGCCCGGCAACAGCUCGCUGAGCAAGAAGCUGGCACAGCCAAAGGCUCAUCCGCCAGCCGCAUCGAAGAUCAUUGCUCCCAAAGCAGCUGCUUCGUCUCUCCUCCCUGGCAAGGCACGGCCUGUGCCGAAGCCAGCGGUCAAGUCAGAAGCGGACAGCCCAUCGGGUUCCGGCGAUGACAAGGGCAAGGUGGAUGCGAAGAAGCCAGCAACCAAGACAGAACCUGGCAAAGUGGUUGCCACCAAGGUUGAGGCAAAACCUCACGUAUCAAAAACAGCCGCGACGCAAAGCGCGAGCGCCUUGUCGGGUAUCGCUUCUCUACUCGACUCGAUCAACGCGCCCAAAGCGCCCGAGGCUCUUGUCACGGUGACAAGAGAGACGAGAGAGUCCAGCACUCCAGAGGAUCCAGAAGAAAAGGCCAAGAGGCUUCGUAAGGAGGCUCGCAGGAAGCUGAGGGUCAGCUGGAAAUCGGAUGAGGAGCUUGUACAGGUCAGGGUCUUCCACAAGGACGACGAGGAAGAUGAGGGCAGAGAGGGCAACAUGAUCCGAGACGCAGCCGAUGACCGCUCCGAAGGCAUGGUCCUCAAGCAGCGUGCCAAUGUCGACGAAGAUGAGGACGAUGAUGACAUUCCUUACCAGCCUUGGCUGGGGCCCGUUGCGACGGACUUUACGGUGCUCCCCGACGACGUACGGAGCAGGAGCUUUGUUACGCGUGGCGGCACGGUGACCUUUACAACCGAUGAGCAGCAGCGAAUUGCGGAGAGGGAGCAGAGAGAGCUGAUGGCCAUCUACACCGACGUCAACGAUAUCCCGGCAACGCCCAAGUCUCCCCUGCCAGAGGCGGCAACGCCAAAUCACGAGGCCAAGACGGCCUAUCUACCCCGUGAACACCCUCAAUUCGAAGAGAUCCAGUUGAGAUGGCGAGAUGAGCAGCAGUAUGGCCCGGAUGAGGCGCUGCGCUCCGCUUUGAAGCGGCUCGAUGCCAGAAACAGUCCCUCGAGUAAGCUUGACACUAUUCUCGGCCGGCUUCAGGGAGGUGCCUCUGCAUCGACAUCCUCACCCCAGCAUGUACCCCUGGUGCCGAGCCGGCAGGCGCAGCUUCAACUGCCGCUGCUUUUGGGACCCUCAGUGGAGGCACUCGUUCUCGCACUUCUUCAGUCGGACAAGGUCAAGGCUUGGCGAGAUGCGAACCCAGUAUCCUACGGGGAAACGGUGCGCCCCUACAACUACACGGAUCCCACGGUACGACUGAAUGCAAACGCCAUCGAAGAGGUCGCGCGGAUGUUGAUUGGGAAGCCGUUUCCCGCCACCUCUCCGCCAGAAUGGCUCUCGUUUGAUCAAGAGAGAAUUCGGGAAUGGUGGUUUGGAUACAACAAGGAGGUUGCGGCCAGGCAGAAGAAGGAGGAGGAGGCACGGGCGCGAGCAGAGGCCGAAGCAAACGCUCUCAAGAUUGCUGCUGCUACUGCCGCCGCCACCUCCAACUCCAGCCUCCCUCAAGACUGGGCGGCGCAAUACGCCCAGCAUCAGAGCUAUGCUCCGUACAUGGCGCUGUUGCAACAGAUGACGGGCGGCCAGCACCAGGCCAUCCCCCAGCUACCUUCGGCAGCCCCAGCAGCGUCCCAGAUCCCCGACGGUCAGCUGCAGUCGAUUCUCGCCGCCAUCAACCAGCCUCAGCAGGCUGCUGCUGCCAUGCAGGCCGCGAACCUCACCAGCUACCUCAACCCGAACGAUCCCUCGUAUCAGCAGCUCAUGAUGCUCACCCAAAUGGCACAAGGCCAGCAGCCGCCGCCUCCUCCACCGCCGCCUCCAUCAUACGAUCAUAGAGGCGAGCGCGGCGAUCGAGGCGACCGAGACCGCGGCGAACGGGGUGACCGAGGUGAUCGCGACUGGGAUCGAAACGACAAUCCUAGAGGUGACCACAAGGAGGGCAGGAAGAAGAAGGGCACAUUGCCGCCCCACAAGCCUGCGAACAAGGCUCUGAUAGGGACCAAACCAUGUACCUUUUGGCAGCAGGGCAAAUGUGCUCGAGGUGAUAAGUGCACCUUUCGACACGGCUAA